CAUUCCUCAUCCAUCUAUAAAAGAUGCCAUCUCUUUCGGUUGUUGGUGCAAUACCAAAGCUGUGCAAAUUAGUCUAAAGAAGAAGAAUAAAGAAGACUUUAUUAGAAAAUGUCUUUUAUUGCAGUAUUUCAAGGUGCUUUCAUAAAGAAUGGAUCAGAAAAUACCUUACGAUGAUUACCAGCUCCCAGUGGUAUUCCUGCCUUCUUAUGAGAACCCACCCGCAUGGAUCGCCCCGCAGGAGCGGAUUAAUCACCCCGACUACAACAAUGAGCUCACCCAGUUCCUGCCUCGUACCAUUGUACUGAAGAAACCUCCAGGAGCACAGCUGGGCUUCAACAUCCGUGGUGGCAAGGCUUCACAGUUGGGGAUCUUCAUAUCCAAGGUGGUGCCAGACUCAGAUGCCCACAGAGCAGGGCUGCAAGAGGGAGACCAGGUUCUUUCUGUGAAUGAGGUUGAUUUCCAAGACAUUGAGCACUCGAGGGCUGUGGAGAUUCUGAAGACUGCGCGAGAGAUUCUGAUGAGGGUUCGCUUCUUUCCUUACAACUACCAAAGGCAGAAGGAGAGGACUGUACAUUAGGUGGCAGCAAAGAGACAUCCGCGUCACUGCUCGUCAUCACCCUCCUCCUACAAACUCUGGCCUCCAUUCUGUUGUCUCAGCUUCAAGAUGACUGAUGUAUGACUAACAGCCUCAUUCAAAGUCCUCCAUGUAAGGACAAUAUAUACUCUGUUUCUCUCUCAGCCAGAUAUCUGAGCACUCCCUAAUCUGCUGUGAUGCACGAUGAUUCCUACUCCCUUCAGGAUGUAUCCACAGGAAGUUAUAGUACAAGCAGAAGCUUAACACACAUUUCACACUAUAAACGAUGGAACUGAGACAUAUUUUUCUAGUCAAGCUUAACAUUUAUAAACCAUGUAUUCGCUUUUCCUCAAGUCCUAUAAUUAGAAGUUUCUACUGUAGUCUUAAGACAUGUAUUUGAGUACAGAGUAGCACUUGGUAACACUGAUAUAAAGACGCAUACAGACGCACUUGGUUGCUAGUUUAUUAGGAACACCUAGCUGAAGCUAAUGCAGUCCAAUAAUUCAACCAUCAUGAAAGGAAUAAUGUUCAUUUAAUCAUUUAAACUCAAGAACCACUUACUAGCUUUUCCUGGAGCUUUCAACGGCAUAUCCUGGUUCUAAUGUCUUCUUACUUGCAACCGAGUGCACGUACAUGUAACAAAUGUACAUCUGACGUCACAGAGACGUAUUGUAAGAGCAAAUGAUGGUGCAAGACUUCUGGUAAAUAUCACUGAUCUAAAUAUCACUGUGAAUAUACUGUACAUCCAGUUUUUAAAUAUUUAACGUGUUAUGAAAUAUUAAGUUGUGUAAAUAUAUUUCAGCUGACUGCUAUUGUGAACCAAACAUUACUUAAAUACUGUCUUUGUUUGUUUCUUUGACAUUUCACACUUGGGUUUUAGACAACCUGCUUCUGGGCUGAAUGAUAAUUAAUUAAUGUAUGAAAUGUAUAUUUGAGGUGCCAUACUGUUGACAAGUAUAACUUCUAACAUGCAGUGACAGUGCAUGAUAACAGCACAUUGCAUGUUGGUAUAAUGGUAAAGCCUGUGAUUGGGUGUUUAUCUGUGUGCAGUUAUCAGGAUCUGAGGAAUACUACUUUUAUCAUUUUGGCCUCUGCGUUUCAAGACGUACUCGUCAGCAGAUUCAAGAUUUCGACGUGAACUAAAACUUGCACACAUUCAAACAUUUCUAGAAAACAGUGGAAUACCUCCGGAUGUUACUGCCGUAUGCUCGGAUACAUUAAGUUUAAAUACCUGCCUGUUGCAUCAACACUUCUUUUUCUACACUAAUAUUUUUCAUUAAAAAAAAAAAAAAGGAAUCACUUUAUUUUCCAUCUGAUCUUAAAUUGUUUCUCAGCACGACUU